AGAACCGGGACUCGGCUUUGGGAAGAGGGGCGGCACCCCCAAUCCACCCCUCCUACCCCCUCCUUCUAGGGGGUGGGCGAUCGAGGGAAGGCUGGGUCUGGAGCGGCGGCGUGGGGCCCCUCCCUGGCGCCUCCCUCCCUCCCCGGAGUUGGUCGCGCCCGAAGUGUAACACUUUCUCUUUGUCGGAGCAGCUCUGCUGUUUCCUGUGCGGUAGCUCCCGUUGCGGCGGCGCCGGUGGCAGCCCUGGCGGACGCAGGAGCGAUGGCAGCCACCGACAUAGCUCGCCAGGUGGGUGAAGGUUGCCGAACUGUCCCCCUGGCUGGACACGUGGGGUUUGACAGCUUGCCCGACCAGCUGGUGAAUAAGUCAGUCAGCCAGGGCUUCUGCUUCAACAUCCUGUGCGUGGGAGAGACAGGGUUGGGCAAAUCGACCCUCAUGGACACCCUGUUCAACACCAAGUUCGAGGGGGAGCCAGCUACCCACACGCAACCAGGUGUCCAGCUGCGGUCCAAUACCUAUGACCUCCAAGAGAGCAACGUGGGGCUAAAGCUCACAGUCGUUAGCACUGUGGGCUUUGGGGACCAGAUCAACAAAGAGGACAGCUACAAGCCCAUCGUAGAAUUCAUCGAUGCCCAGUUUGAGGCCUACCUGCAGGAGGAGCUGAAGAUCCGCAGAGUGCUGCACACCUACCACGACUCCCGCAUCCAUGCCUGCUUGUACUUCAUCGCCCCCACUGGUCAUUCCCUGAAGUCUCUGGACCUAGUGACGAUGAAGAAGCUGGACAGUAAGGUGAACAUCAUCCCCAUCAUUGCCAAAUCCGAUGCCAUUUCUAAGAGUGAGCUAACAAAGUUCAAAAUCAAAAUCACCAGCGAGCUUGUCAGCAAUGGGGUCCAGAUCUACCAAUUCCCUACAGAUGACGAGUCAGUGGCAGAGAUCAACGGAACCAUGAACGCCCACCUGCCAUUUGCUGUCAUUGGCAGCACAGAAGAACUGAAGAUAGGCAACAAGAUGAUGAAGGCACGGCAGUAUCCUUGGGGCACGGUGCAGGUUGAAAACGAGGCCCACUGCGACUUUGUGAAGCUGCGGGAGAUGCUGAUUCGGGUCAACAUGGAGGAUCUGCGGGAGCAGACCCACACUCGGCACUAUGAGCUGUACCGUCGCUGUAAGCUGGAGGAGAUGGGCUUCAAGGACACCGACCCUGACAGCAAACCCUUCAGUUUACAGGAGACAUAUGAGGCCAAAAGGAAUGAGUUCCUAGGAGAGCUCCAGAAAAAAGAAGAGGAGAUGAGGCAGAUGUUCGUCCAGAGAGUCAAAGAGAAAGAAGCGGAGCUCAAAGAGGCAGAGAAAGAGCUGCAUGAGAAGUUUGACCGACUGAAGAAACUACACCAGGACGAGAAGAAGAAGCUGGAGGAUAAGAAGAAAUCCCUGGAAGAUGAAGUGAAUGCUUUCAAACAGAGAAAGACGGCUGCCGAGCUGCUCCAGUCCCAGGGUUCCCAGGCUGGAGGGUCACAGACUCUGAAAAGAGACAAAGAGAAGAAAAAUUAACUCUGCUGUUUGCUGCAUGCUGCAUGAGACCCAGGGUCCUGCUUUUUUUAAUCUUGUCUUCAGCAGCUGCACUAAGUCUAAAGGAGAAGACUGCCAUUAUAGAAGAGUUAGGAUUCCAUAUUGUCUCAAACCAGAAAUGAACCAAUUCCCUCUGCCCUCAAAUUGCGCAUGUGUGCACAUGCGUGCACGUGUGUGCAUGCGCGCACACACACACACACACCACACACACACUCAACAAGUGUUCAUGUGUCCCCGUGUCCAGGCAAGAAGCUCUCUUCUGACUUAUAUGGUAUUUUAAAUGGAAGUGUCUUGUACUAACCUAACAGGGCAGAGUAAGAACCAUCAGAGCUGGAGAAUGGACCAAAUGUAACCUCAGAGACAACUGCAGAAGAACUCACCCAAGUGUAAGUGACUGGGGCAGGAGACCUCAGCUGUGGGUGUGGUAGUGCCGUUCAAAAGGUGUUGUUUGAGUUCUAUGGUUUUCUUUUUGAACAACAAUUAAUUCUCUGGUUCCAUGGAUUGCCUGUCUACAGCCACUAUUAAACAUUUCUGAAUAUGGAAGUGAAAGUCAAACAACAUUUGUAUCUUUUUCAGCCUUCACAGACCUACUGCAGACCCCAGCAAGGGGGACAUAUGGACCCACUAGCUAAUACUCAGGUGGAGAAGGGAGAGGCAAGAGGGGCUUCAGCUUAAUGAGAGCACAAUUCAACCUUCCAAGGCUAGUUGGGUUUUGAGAUAAGUUUCUGCUCAGCCUGAGAUCUGGAGGGAGAGCUUUGAUGUUGAUGAAUCUGCCUUGAGUUCACUGGUUUACCUUGCAUCAAAAUACCAUGUGAAUGUGCUCAUUCCCAUAUACCUCUACCGCUAUCCAUCAGCAUUCCGCUGUCCGGUGUCUCUUGAGAGAGCCUCUUUGCAUGUUUUCCAGAAUCUGUGUUUGUUUUUCCUUUCUUCUCCUUUGUUCUUUUUGCUCAAAGGUGUGACCAGUCACUGCCCCUCUGGGGCCUUCAUUUGCCAGGAGAAACACCCCAGAACCAGCACUGUUUAGCUUAAUACCUUUCUAAUGUCCAUGUCAAUUUUCAAUAAAAUUCAAAGAAAUGCUAAAUGGCUGUGUGAUCUGAUCCUAAAUCAUUAGGUAAUGUGGCCCACAUGGUUUGCCUCAGGAGGAGUGGGUGGCUGCCUCCCAAGUGAGGGAUUUGGCGGGCUCAAGGAGGUACCACCAGCCAGGGGAAUCUUCCAGAAUUUUCCCACCGGGGCAGGGUGGGGGUGGGCAGAAACUCUUCCAGUUUUUCCCCUCUUAUUAGCAUGGAUUUAACUGAUUAGUUGAACUAAUUAUCAUCUAGGAGGAAGUGAAGUGCCAGGUAUUACAAAAUGAGCUUCAGGUGAGUUUUAAUUCCGAAAGGGGAAGAAAUAACUCUGUCGCGCGACUUCCCUCAUUUAAUGCUGUGCUGUGAGCAUCCUGAGAAUUCAUGAAUAUGAUUAUUCUUUAUGGCCUGAAAGGCAUUCUACAGAUAGCAACGUGUAUUUUGUGUCCUGGGGCCACCAGGGAGGGAUGCCCUCUGUCUCUCCAAGCAUUAGAAUGGGCAAGAGGGAGAGUGGGCAGUUUUCAUAAUUCUGAUUGCAGUCGAGAAGGGUGGGUUCCUUUCCUUAGCUUCAUUUCCCGAAUGGCCAGAUGUUGAAGACUGCAUGAGUGGUCUGUAUCCUGUAUGUAUGGGAGGCCUGUAGUAGGCCUCUGAAGGAGUAGCAGAGGAAACAACAUUGGCCUGCCUCUGUGGAGCUUGCACACUAGGGGGCAGCCGAGUGAGACAAUAGCCUUGUGACAUCACUGAACAGAGAGACAGGCACUGGGGUGUUGUGGAAAAAUACCGACUCUGGAGCCAAACAGACUCGCUAACCGUGUGCUCUGGGACAAGUUGUGUUAAUAACUUCUCCGUAAAAGGAGACUAUCAGUAACUCCUUGCAGUGUCAUUGUGAAGGCUACAUGAGCUAAUGUAAGUUAAAUACUUGGGCGUUCAAUAAGCUGUAUAGCCCUUACUAAGCACGGAGUUUUCCCUUUUACCAGAGGUAUUCACCUUAGGUGCCUCUAAUCUAGGGCUUCUCAACCUCAGCACUAUU